UUUAUGCUACCUUCGUAGAACCACCUGCUUUGAAGCUCCGAACAUCCGCAAAACAUACAUAACUUCUAUAUAGAUAUUUAUGUAUUCAAAUGGAUUAUGAGCGUUAUUGUAGAUCUCACUUUGACGAUAGAAAGAUGUGUGCAACUGUUUAACCCGUUGUGUGUACGUAAAUACACGGAAAAAUGAGAUUGUUAUUUUUUGUGACUUUGAUUGGAUUUUCUUGUUUUUGCAAUGAAGUAUUUGGAGUGCACAUAUCAAACCUGAGUGGCUCGUGUUUCCGAUGCCUCUGUCACGUGGCCGGGUGUGACAUGACGAGGGGCUGCAGUGAUGGGUACUGCGGUCCGUUCUUCAUAUCCAGGGUGUACUGGGUAGAUGCAGGGAAGAUAACCUUGCCUGAUGAUGAUCCGGAGAGGCAAGAAGCUUUUGAAGACUGUGCCAGAGACUACCACUGCUCGAUCAGAAUCAUUGAGAGCUACAUGGCGAAGUUUGGAAAAGACUGCAACCACGACGGCGUAACGGACUGCUUCGACUACAUGAUGAUCAACUACCACGGCGGGCGCGGCUGCUCCAAGCCUCUGUUUCUCACGCAGUCAGGGAGGAGGUGGCUCAAGUCUUACCUUGAGUGUCGCUUUUGAAAUGGGCAUUUUUAUUUAAAUAGUUGUUUCGUGCGGAUUCACCUGCGCAAAGGGGAAAGGACAAUGCUAUUCUUUGUAUGGAAGUUGGGCUCAAGAGUUGCCCACAGUAACUGCAUAGUGUAUUAUGUUCCAUAGGCUUAUAAUAGGUCCCAGACCGAAAUAUUUCGAAAUCUAUCCCAGGAGUCUUGAGAAAAACUGGUUUGACUCUUAUUCAAUAUUUGGAAAAAUAUGCUUACGAACUCUUAACUUCCUCUUUUAUUACCUUAAUUGAAAUGCAUUAUAAUAUUAAUCGACAAAUACGAGGUAUUGAACGAGAUUAUUUUUUUACCGACUUCAAAAAAUAGAGGAUUUUCUCAGUUCGUUUGUAUCCUUUUUACGUAAGUACGUGCAUAACUCCGUCGUUUACCAACCGAUUUAAACAAUCGUUUUAU